AUGUCUCCCCCAGCUGCCAUCUUCGAGCCCACUGUGGUCCCUACCGGCAUCAAGGCCAACGUCGGGGUCCCUCAGACCGCUCCUGUUACUGGAUCCUCUCAGACCCAGCUGCUCGACCGCUUUGCGGGCAAGUGGGAUGAUUUCAAGUUUGCUCCCAUUCGCGAGAGCCAGGUCUCGCGUGCCAUGACUAGACGGUACUUUCAGGACCUGGACAAGUAUGCCGAGAGUGACGUUGUCAUUGUCGGUGCCGGUUCCUGCGGUCUGAGCACGGCCUAUGUCCUGGCCAAGGCCCGUCCGGACCUGAAGAUUGCCAUUGUCGAGGCUAACGUCUCCCCUGGUGGUGGUGCCUGGCUGGGUGGUCAGCUCUUCUCCGCCAUGAUCAUGCGUCGGCCCGCGGAGGUGUUUCUGAACGAAUUGGGCGUGCCCUACGAGGAAGACGCCAACCCCAACUAUGUUGUGGUCAAGCACGCCUCCCUCUUCACCUCGACCUUGUUGUCCAAGGUUCUCUCCUUCCCCAACGUCAAACUCUUCAACGCCACCAGCGUGGAGGACCUGAUCACUCGUCCGACUGCCGACGGCAAAACUCAGAUUGCCGGUGUGGUCGUGAACUGGACCCUAGUUACUCUCCACCACGACGACCAGUCGUGCAUGGACCCCAACACCAUCAACGCCCCGGUCAUUAUCAGUACUACCGGCCACGACGGCCCAUUCGGUGCCUUCUCGGCCAAGCGACUGGUGUCGAUGGCCACUGUCGACAAGUUGGGUGGCAUGCGCGGUUUGGACAUGAACUCGGCCGAGGAUGCCAUUGUCAAGAACACCCGUGAGGUCACCAAGGGACUGAUCAUCGGCGGUAUGGAGCUGUCUGAAAUUGACGGCUUCAACCGCAUGGGACCUACCUUUGGUGCCAUGGUGCUCAGCGGUGUCAAGGCGGCUGAAGAGGCGCUGCAGAUCUUUGACGAGCGCCAGCGCGAGUGUGCCAAGUAA